AUGACUGACGAAAAAAAAACGGUUCGAAACCGGCUCAAACCGUUGUACGACGACAUAAUGACGUUGAAAGAGCCAAACGGACUGGAAAUCUACCCGAUAUUCCAGGUUUUACCCACGAGAAAAGACUAUCCAGAUUACUACAGAAUCAUUCAACACCCAAUGUCGUUGAGUACCGUCAAAAAAAGGCUCAAUAACAACUAUGUCCAUCCUCAAGAGUUUGUUCAGGACUUGGCGCGCAUCACAUGGAACGCGCGUACUUACAACACCAAACAAUCAGACAUCUACACGUAUGCCACCAUUAUGGACACGUACAUCAAAGACAAGGUGGUACCCAACUUGCAAAAAGAUUACCGAGACGUGCACUAUCCAAACUUGGGUCCGCUACCGGACGAGCUUGAGGCCAUGGCCCGCGCACACAAGGACCAAAAGAUGGCAGACAUUCCAACGGGCGCCGACCUCUUAAAUAACGACCAUAGCGGCAACACCACCAACAACAACAGUGAUUACGAGAACCCCAAUGGCACGAACGACGAAGAAGACGAGGAAGUUGACGAUGAUUACGACGAGCGCAAGAAAUCCCUUCCCAAGAUAAGAAUCCCACUCACGGGCCAGUCGCCCGUCUCGGGCUCUUUCCCGCCGCCAUCGCAUUCCAUGACCCCCACCCCGCUCUAUGAGAGACACCAACAACAAAAAACGCACAUGAGACGCGGUAGACCUCCCGUUAUCGACCUGCCCUACGAACAACGUAUCAAGAACGUGCUGAAAAUUCUCAAGAAAGAGGUCAAUCAGCGUGGAGAAAACAUCACAGCUCCCCUGGAUAGGCUUCCAGACGAGGAGCGUGAGCCUCAGUACUAUACCUUAAUCACUAACCCAAUUUCUGUUGAUGACAUCCGGAAAAAAGUCAAGCAAAGGAAGUACAGAACUUUCCAAGCUUUUCAGCAAGACUUCAAGACUGCUAUUGCUAACUACCAGCUGUAUCACAGGUCACAGCCUGUUGAGCUGAAACGUGCUGCAGAACUUGAAAGUAAAUUCACAGAGCUAGCUCAACACGAGCUUUCGAGGUCCGACGAGCAGUACAUGACUGAUGGCGAGCUCAAGUAUCCUUUAAAUGAGGUGGACCACAAUGGAACCACCUACAAGAUCGGUGAUUGGAUCUUGAUACACAAUUCUAACGACCCUAAGAAGCCUACUAUAGCGCAGAUCUUCAGACUGUGGCACACAUCAGACGGAAGACGCUGGCUCAACGCUUGCUGGUAUCUGAGACCUGAACAGACUGUGCAUCGCGUAGAUCGUAUUUUUUACAAAAACGAGGUUGUGAAAUCGGGCCAGUAUAGAGACCAUUUGGUGGAUGAGAUUGUGGGCAAAUGCUACGUGUGUCAUUUCACCAGGUUUCAGCGUGGUGAUCCAGAUUUGGAAAUUGAGGGACCACUUUUCGUAUGUGAGUUCAGAUAUAAUGAAAGCGAAAAGGUCUUUAACAAAAUUCGGACGUGGAAAGGAUGCCUACCUGAAGAAAUACGUGAUAUUGAAGAGUCCACUAUACCCGUGUUGGGCAGAAAGUUCUUCAAAUAUGAUUCUCCAAUUAAGCACUUACUGCCUCCGAAUGCUUCGGUCAACGACCCCAUUCCAAUGCCAACAGAAGGUGCAGUCAAUGCUCCACCACUCAUUGGAGCCGUGUAUCUGAGACCGAAAGUUAAGAAGGACGACUUGGGUGAGUACUCCACUUCAGAAGAUUGUCCUCGCUACAUCAUGAGACCCGGAGAUCCUGUUGAGCAUGGGAAAGUGGAUAUGGAGACAGGAACGGUGGUGACGAACAUGCAGACAGCGACCAACCUUUCCAAGGUAAUACCGCCAACAACGCGCUUAGCGUCUUUGAAUAAAACUCGGAGUGGCACGGGGUUGUCUAGCAUGCGCCAAUCCAAUACCGCCGUGUACAAUCCACCAAAUGCCAAGGGUAUGCAGUACGCGUCUCCUGGCCGCGCUUCGAUAAGCCCAGGUCCCACUACCAUGCAACAGACGCCACUUCCGUUGGUUGUGAACCCUGUUGUUCCAACGCAAACGAUCAAACUGGGGUCGCAGGCGACGAAGAAACCUGCGUAUCAACCUCCAACCAUUAUCAAUAGUCUGGCGGCCCAAGCUCGCACGAACAACGCCGUUUUAGGAACAAUCUCGACCGAGACGCCUGGCGCGUAUGUGAUUCCCUUGCAGAUUUCGAAGAAUGUCGAACUUUUGCAACGUGCUGACUACGGGUCCCAAUUGAGACGUUCGAGCAAAGAUCAGAUGGCUCCAAAACGCAAGCGUGGUAAAGGUGAAGUGUUAUGGUUCAGAGGACCCAGUGUGGUCAUUUCAGAGCGUUUGCUGAAUUCCAAGAACGAGAUUACAGAUUUACCUCUUAACCGGUGGUUCAAAAAACGGAGAAUGGAGUACGAAGAGGUCGACGCAGAGGACAACGACUACCUCAACGAAGACCAGGACGAUACUUCCAACGGUCUGAGCAGUGCCAAUGUUGGCGAUGACGACUCAGAAGACGAGGACUCGACUUUGCCAGGUACCUUUCCUCUGGGACUCAGACCUUCGGCUGCAUACAUGGCCUACAAAAUAGCACAGCAGCACGCCGGUCAAUAA